AUGAUUCACUUGGGCGACAUGACCAUUAUGGGUCUAUCAACGUUUGCCUACUUUGUUUGCGGGUGGCUCUUCUUUUUGAAACAAUUAUUCCGGAAUUAUGAAGUUCACAAUCGAAACGUGCAACUGUUAUUUGCCGCCACUUUCGCUUUAUCAUGUACCCUUUUCGAGUUGAUCAUCUUUGAGAUUGUUGAUGUACUUGAAUCGGAUUCACGGAUGUUCCAUUGGCAGUUCAAUCUCAAUCUGAUCCUCGUCAUUCUAAUUGUGGUCAUUCCCGUUUACAUGCCAUACUGUUAUUUGAACUCAUUUACGCAAUUGAAAGCUGGCCGUCGUUUAUUCAUGGCGUUCACAAUCUGGGCUAUUUUUAUCUACUUCUUCUGGAAAACAGGCGAUCCAUUUCCAAUUCUCAGUGCCAAACAUGGCAUUUUCACCAUCGAGCAAGCGAUUUCACGCGUUGGCGUCGUUGGAGUGACGGUGAUGGCCUUUCUUUCAGGGUUCGGAGCUGUGAACGCACCGUAUCAAUGCCUAAAUUAUUUUGUCAGCACGGUAACGAUGGACGAAGUGCACAAGAUGGAACGAAAAAUUCACCAAGUAAACGAAGCGAUUUUACGAAAGCUCUUUCAAGUGGAUGACUGCAAUAGUCAGAUUGAAAAUGUGAGAGGCCGCGAUGAAACGGCACCACUUUAUCGCCGCGCAUUCACUCGAUGGACCGAUUCAUCCACUUCAUCAUCUAUGGCUCAAAAGAAAAAAGAUCUGGAAGCUGAAGUAGCACAAAAUGAGGAACUGCAACGGCAUCUCUUCCUCGAACUUGUUGAUUUGCGAGCGAUGAAAGAUCGAGUCGAUUACUCAAAAACGUGGAUGGGCAAAUAUUUCAACUUCCUUGGAUAUUUCUUCUCGAUUUACUGUCUUUGGAAGAUUUUCAUCUGUACUGUGAAUAUCGUGUUCGACCGCGUUGGAAAGGUUGAUCCGGUGACGCGUGGAAUCGAAAUCGGCGUUCAUUGGUGUGGCCUUGACAUUGAUGUUCGAUUCUGGUCCCAACACGUCUCAUUUUUCCUCGUCGGUGUCAUCGUGGUGACGUCUGUGCGUGGAUUAUUGAUCACUCUAUCGAAAUGGUUUCAUGCGAUCGCCUCGAGUAAGAGCUCGAACAUUCUUGUGCUCUUCUUUGCGCAACUUAUGGGUAUGUACUUUGUGUCGACGGUGCUGUUGAUGAGAAUGAAUGUGCCAUUGAAAUACCGCGAGAUCAUCACCAUUGUGCUCGGCGAUCUACAAUUUUCAUUCUACCAUCGAUGGUUCGACGUGAUCUUCUUGAUAUCGGCUCUCUGUUCGAUCUUCUUCCUAUACAUGACGCGACGACCGGCACAAGAAAAUCUUGAC